GCCUCAACGCCCUUUCACGGGGUGGGAGCUCAGAGACUCCCAGCUCCUGCUUUCUCUCAGGGUGAGCUGAAGGAAGAUAGUCCAGAAUCCAGGGGUGCACCACUGAAUCAGGAGACACCAGUGGGUGAAGAGGCAUUCACUGAAGUUCUCAGUGUAAAGAAACUGAGCCCCAUCAUGGAAGCAAGCCUGGAAGAUACGCACUCAUCGGCUGCUUCGGUCUCUGGAGGUUCUCUGUCCUCUGUUACACAAACAUCUGCUAUUAAAUACCUGCAGAUCAGUGAGAAACUGGAGCUGGCUCAGAGCUUGCCUGCUGAAGGGGUUACUGAUGAUGAUGUGGCUCAGUUUCCGUGGAGCCCUGAACAGCGUAAAAAGCUUUUAGAUUCUGUGCUGCCAUCACUGGCUGCCUCUCCAGAUUUUCACUUGGAGGCUGGAGCUCUGCCUCACAUGGAGCCUGAGAAGGACGUUGAGCUGGGAAAUGAGACUUACUGCAUCAAAAUGGAAUAUUGGAACGAUGAAGAAUACAAGAUGCUUUUUGCUAUUCCAACUGGAUGCAUUUUGCAGUUGGAUUCAAAGGGAUUUGCAAUAAAGGUGUAUUCUCAGCCUGUGCCUUGGGAUUUUUAUAUCACCCUUGAGCUACAGAAGCGUUUGAAUUCUGACUUUGACCAGAGCUUCAGUGAGAAUUGCAGCUGUUACCUGUACCAGGAUGGCUGUGCCAUUGUGCACAAGGAUACAAAUUGCUUCACACUGAGGGAUAUUCUCUGUGACCGUAAGUUCAUCACAAAGGAAAUCAUCUUCGUGGUUGUUCAUGAUCUUCUGCAUGUGGUAGAGAAGCUGCACAAAGCUGAGAUUGUCCAUGGAGAUCUGAGGCCAGAGGUGUUCUUCCUGGGAGACAGGAUCUGCGAUGCCUUUUCUUAUGAGGAGGUGCCAAAUGCUCUGAAGGUGGUGGAUUUCUCUCACAGCCUGGAUUUGAGGGUACUGCCUGGAGUCAGCUUGCCCUAUAACUUCCCCACAGCUCACACCCCUCAUGGACAGCAGCUUCUGGCAGAAAGUUCUCUUCCUUAUCAGGUAGACUUGGUUGGCAUUGCAGAUAUAGUCCAUUUGCUGUUGUUUGGGGAUCAUAUCCAGGUCUAUCAGGAGAAUGCCAUCUGGAAAAUCAGCCAAGACUUAUCAAAGACUCCUGACAGUGAUUUCUGGAGUAAACUUUUUGAGAGAAUUCUGAAUGCAGAUGGUAAGUCCACAGUACCUCUGCUGAGGGAGUUAAGAGAGGAAAUCAGUGAAAUGUUUGACAGCUCUUUCAAAGAACAACUUUUGUUGACCUUAGUUGCUGUGGGAGAAACUUUCCUCCUGGUGAACUUCCAGUGACUUCAUAGAAAACAAACACAUUUUGUAUUCUGGAGAAGAAUUUGUUGUUGCUUUUUUAUGUUUUCAAAUGUAAACAUGAGAGUGAUUGGAGCCAUUUCUGCAAUACUUCACAUGGGACUUGCUCAAGAAUGUUUCUAUUGCAUGAGUGUGUGGAAAACCUCCUGAGCCUCUACAUGAACCUUUUUGUGUUGGAGCAGUUUGUGAGAGAAAAUUGUUUUGUCUUAACUGCCACCUCCCCUUCUUGUACAGCUCCUUAAAAAUUUAACACCUAACUUGCACCCCACUCUUUGAAAUGUCUUUGUCCUGCAUUCAGUUGGUCUUUUAUUGGUGUUUAAUCAAUAAAGUUGUGUUUUGGUAGUGAGUAUCAUAUUUAACAUUGCUAUCAAAUGGUUUCAAAAGACUUCAUUUAGAAUCCAUGCAGAAGUGCUGCUGCCUGACUGGGAAUAUUUUGUGGCUGCUGGAUGCAAAAGCCUCUCAUUUGGUGGCAGCUUUCAUAACCACAUGGGAUUUCCUGGACACCUGAAUACAGCUUGAAUGAUUCUACUUGGAAUG